UUCGAGAUUGUCGGUCGCAAUCGUCUAGUCGCUCCUGAAAGCUGGCACGCGCCUAGGUCGUUGGCUUGGCCUAUUACUUCCCAUUAUUACUACUACAGUGUGGAGUAAGCCCCGGGGGUUGCCGGAGCUGUACCAACACAUCGGCAGCACCAGUCUGGUCAUUUGUGGGGAAGGGAACCCUGGUGAAUGUGAAUGGUGGCUGGCUGAGUGCUUGACAGUGAGAAGCUCGAAGUCAGGAAGGCUAGAUCUUUGAAAGGAAGAAGCAUCAAACUAAGUGAUAUAGAGUCUAGCGCACGGUUCACCUCGGCCUCGUCGGGAGUGGUCAGAAAUAGGCCACUGUCGAGUGCUAAUUUUUUUUUAUUUUAAUCUAGAGUAUCCUGUAGAGUUAAAAGGUAUCUACCAUUUCAAUCGUACAUGUGGUGUGCAAACGGAAGUACUUCCGGUGAUUGGGAAACUGGGUUACAUAAUCAAUCUCUGUGCUUGCUUGUCCAGUAUCUGGGGAGUCUGCUCGAGUGGGAGAAUAAGCACUAUUGAAGAAAGCGAACAUUAGUCGGUUGAAGAUUUUACUGUUGGAAUUUAGUCUUGUUUUGACGGUGUGUAUGAGACAAAGAAUGCUCGAAACAGGCUUUCGCACAGAAGCAUAAAACAAGGUGAAACUUUCGUAGGCAGGCAAUAAAAUAACGCUCGGGAAUAAACCCCGUGUUGAUGUGUAAGUGCCAUUGAAAGGAAAACCGCAUCGGUCUGGGAUAACAUAAAAAGAAAAAAUAAUCAAUAUAACUGUUUGAAAAUUUCCCUCUCAGUGACAGCGACAGAGAAGUGAGAGUGUGUUUCUUAGAUAAUUUACUAUUUGUGGGGGACUCAGCUGUGAGACUGGUUGCUUUAGUAGGUAGAUCAUUCUGAAGACAUUCUAGGAACGAGCCCUUCGUGUGUAGAAGGGUGCCAAUACGAAACGACGAACACACAGAGAUAUUUUUUCUCGGAUUGAAUGUCGUUUUAUUUGCCUGCUCACUGUGCAUCAUCGGUUUCCCAAAUGAUUACUCUCAAUGCUAUCAUGACGGCAACAUUUGUGUGUCUGAGGAAAUGAAAUGAAAGAAACAAAACUAGCAUGGUGAAUUUACAAAAUGUGAAUCAAUGACCUGCAAGAACCGUUGAACCAGAAGUGGCAAACGAUGCGAGAAUGACAGUUACAGUGAUGUGUGUAGCUCAAUUGUAGAAGCCUGGAGAUCAUUUUCAUCGGCACAAUCAACAACUGCCUCUAGUCAAUCGCUGCUGAACGGCACAAAUGUUUGAACUCAGCUCCAUUCCCAGACAAUUUAUAAGUCCUUACUGGUAUACGAGGCCACGUCUCAGAGGUUGACAGUCUCAGAAAAUGGUUUUUCCAUUAAGUGCACAUACCAGAGAGAAGAAUGUGAUCGUCGGAAGUGAAUAAAAAAAGGAACAUCCCUUCAGGCCCGAGCUCCGUACUGUGAAGAGUGUGCAUGUUUUUCCACGUUUGAAAGUACUCCUUAUCGUCAUUCUGCCAGAAGGUCUAUUCAGCGAGAAAAAAUCCUACCGCAGCGGUGUUGAACGGAACCGACCGAAGCUAGCAGUCCUGAAAGAUUAGAAAAAUAUAACUAAGCAAAUCAAACACCAUGGAUGGAAGCAACGCGGCGACAGCGGAAUCCAACCCGGCCGGUACCAAUCUACCGACCUCGGGCGUACUGUUGCCUGAUGAUGUGCUCGAGAAGUUGUACCAAAGCUACGCGCUCAAACAGAAACGUGUCGCCUUCGGAUGCUAUCUGGCCGCCUCGAUACUAUUUGAUUUAUGGGCAAUCCUGGUACCACAGGGCCAAGGUUGGGACAGCAUCGUGGUGACCAGCAUAUUUCUGCUGAUUAAUAUCAUCCUGGCUGCAAUUCUGAGCUUCUGCGGCAAAGGUCGCUUUCGUGGUUUUAUCUGGGAGGUGGCACCCCAUGCUGCAUGGCUGCUAGCAAUGAAGCAACUCUUCCUGCAACUGUUCCUGAAAGGAUCCGUCACACCCAGAGAUUCACUCGGCUGGGCGAUACUGUUAAAUUUUUUAGUGUACGUCACACUCCCUGUGCUACUGAAAUACACCGGCAUUCUGCUAGGAUUGGGGUCGUUCGCAACCUACAUAAACGCUAUCAUCGGGCUAGCCAAGAAGGAAAACUUUUUUUGGGAACAGCAAAUCGCCAACAUUCUACUACUGAUUGCGGCAACGACUAUUGGAUUAUUAUUUUAUUUUCUGGCUGAAGCGAAACAACGACGAGCUUUUCUCGAAGCAAAACAAGGCCUAGAAGUGAAGAUGUUGAUCGAGGAGCAGUCGGCCGAGCAGGAACGUCUACUUCUAUCUGUGCUUCCGGAACACGUCGCCGUCAAAAUGCGACAAGAUCUGGGAUCAACAAAUUCGGAACAGUUCAAGAAAAUCUACAUGAGCCGUCACGAAAAUGUCAGUAUUCUGUAUGCGGACAUUGUCGGUUUCACGGCUAUCUCAUCCACCUACUCUGCCCAGGAUUUGGUAAAAAUUUUGAAUGAACUUUUUGCGCGCUUCGAUCGCCUAGCGGAGAAAUACCAACAAUUGAGGAUAAAAAUCCUAGGCGACUGUUACUACUGUAUCAGUGGCGCCCCCGUGGAGCGACCGGAUCACGCCGUUCUUUGCGUCCACAUGGGUCUGUCCAUGGUGAAAGCCAUCAAAUACGUGCAACAGAAAACCAACUCUCCGGUCGAUAUGCGGGUGGGCAUCCACACGGGAGCCGUCCUGGCGGGGAUCCUCGGUCAGCGUCAGUGGCAGUUUGAUGUGUACUCGAAGGACGUCGAACUGGCCAACAAGAUGGAAUCGAGCGGGAAGGCUGGCCGAGUUCACUUGUCAGAGAAAACGUUCAGUUUCCUAAACGGAGAGUUCGAAGUGGAACCAGCCUACGGAGAGAAACGCGAAGAGGCACUGCGGAUAGCAGGUCUCAAAACCUAUUUUAUCACUAAAGUAGUGAAACCGUUCUGUCCCUCCGAGCACCGCAUGAAUGGAUCGGCCGACCCCAAAGACGUCGUCAUCGAAGCCGAUGGUCCUUCGGAAAUAUUUCAUGAUGAGGAAGAAGCUAAGACCGCGGCCAGUGCAGAAUCCUGUGCCACGCUAGAUGAUAAGUCAUCGGAUGAUUGUGCCGCCGAAGACUACAAGGUUCGCCUGCGAAAGGAACUUGUAAGCCGUGAUGGUCAUCAAGAGAUCUAUAAGGAUAUAAACUGGUUGCUCCGGUUCAAGGACGGUGAAAUUGAACGGGCCUACGCAAAAUAUCGUCAGCCUCACAGUUCCGUUCCUCUACUGGCUGCCCUAAUUGUACAGUUCGUUGGAAUUCUGUUUUCCACGUUGGUUCUUCCACGGACAUCGCUCCAUUUUGAAAUCGUUGUUCCACCUCUAGUAAUUAUUGCUUUUUUGGUCUUCAUCUCGGUGGCGGAAUGUUUUCCAGGGAUUCUGCCGGCGUUCAUCACGUUGAAUAGUAAACGUUUCAACGACUGUUUUGGCCUACGCAAUUCAACGGCAAUCAUAAUCGUGCUACUCAUAGGAAUAUCAAAUGCUGGCGAUAUGCUGGCAGCUUCCGAUCGAACUGCACUGCAUCUCAACGUCUCAAACGUAUCGUUCCUGUCCACUGAAAUGCACCCGUCGUCCAUCUGUUUGUACCCGUCAUACUUCAGUAAUUUUACCGUGCUCAUUCUGAUUGCCAUUUCCAUCAUCACACAGCUGUCACAUCUGAGCAAAAUCGCUCUAAUGGUUAUAGUUGCCGCGACCCAUUGCUACAUCAAUGUUUUCCAUUUGGAUGAAGCAUUCCGGAACGAGGAUUUCGAGAUUUCGAAUGUGUUCCCUCUGCGAUAUACACUGUCUGCUCUGUUGAUUGCGGUGACGAUUGCUCUAUCCCUUCUGGCACGGCAUAUCGACAAGGUUGACCGGGUAAUCUUCAUGUGGAAAACCGAAGUCAGCGACCAGAAAGAACGAGCCAGUGACAUGCGACGUCGAAAUGAAGCUUUGGUGUACAAUGUGCUACCACGGCACGUAGCCGAGCACUUUAUGGGAAACCGGAAGCGAUCCCACGAUGAACUAUACUCACAAAGUUAUGCCGAAGUGGGUGUUCUGUUCGCCAGCAUGCCAAACUUUUCCGACUUCUACUCGGAGGAAACAGUCAACAAUCAGGGGUUGGAGUGUUUGCGGUUCUUGAACGAGGUGAUAUCGGACUUUGAUGCGCUUCUGGAGCUUCCACAAUUUCAAGACAUAAUUAAAAUCAAGACAAUCGGCUCAACUUAUAUGGCAGCUAGUGGAUUAAACCCAUCACGAAUUGUCAAACCGGAGGACUCGAUAUCAGUACGUUGGGCUCAUCUUUCUCUGCUGGUGGAAUUCGCUCUGGAGCUGAAAAAAGCCCUACAGGGUAUCAACGAACAAUCAUUCAACCACUUCGUACUGAAAAUGGGUGUCAAUCAUGGUCCUAUCACUGCUGGUGUCAUUGGAGCACGAAAACCGCAUUAUGACAUAUGGGGAAACACGGUUAAUGUGGCAUCCCGAAUGGAAAGCACUGGAAAAGCUGGAGCCAUUCAGGUAACUGAGGAAACCUGCCAAAUCCUUCAAACUUUUGGUUAUACCUUCGAGCAGCGAGGUUUGGUAGCAGUGAAAGGAAAAGGUCAGCUCAUGACAUACUACUUACAAGGUCGGAUCCCCAAGAACGCCUCCCCGAUUAUGCCCGUAACUACAAUGGAAACGGUACAUGAAGUUGAAGAACCAAAAGAAUCACCUUCAGCACCGCAAACCGAAUCACCGGCCCACCAAAUCGUGUCCGCUUCUUCCAGCACCACCAGUCCAAGCAGUGUACGCCUGAAUCAGGAAUAUGUGGAAAUGAAAGUGAGCAGUACAUCGAAUAUGGUAACACUCAACGAAAAUAACCACCAGCAGGAGCAUCUGCAGCUAACCACCAGUGGUAGUACCACCGUAAUUAGGAACGAAUCUAGCAGCGAAGGGGACAGCAAAGCGCUGCUUAAUAAGGAAAGCGAAGAUGUGGACGCUAAAACGCCUCUUCUCAUCGAUAAAAACAGCACAAACGCCAAUCAUUUUAGCGAUAGCGAGAAGGAUGCACUACUAGAGAACACUGGUAAUUAGUGGGUCUGUUAUAUAUAGGUAGCAUAAAGUUGCAUCGAAAGCGUACACUGGGUUGGAAAUUGUUUCUUCUUACGUUGACUGUUGAAAAAUUCGCGUUUUCUAUACUCUUAUUAUCAUUAACAUCAUCUUCAUACUAGGAAGAAAAAACCAUAAAUUAGUUCCUUCAUUUUUCAUGUUUCAUUCUUUGACUGUGAUAAAUAAUGUUCUUCUGACACAAUGCUACAUUCCAACCUAGUGCCCUGAAUGAAGAUUAGUAGCACUCAGAAAAUUAGCUUUAUAGUUUAUAUAUACUAAAAACAAUAACAUAAACAAUACAUGUGCUAGUGCAGGAUGUGAAUAGAAUAGUAAGAUAUGCGAGCUACGGAGACGCAAUUUAAAACCCCCAAAGAAUAGAAUCAUAGUCUACUUGUGAGAAUGAGCGACUUGAGCUAGCAACAUCGAUCGAAGAAACAAGUUUGUUUAGACAUUAGGCUAGCCAGUUUCGCGAAUCUUGAAUGGAUUUGUAGACGUGCGAUUAUUACUUUUUAUAGUUUCUAAAAUAUGAGAAUGUUACUAAAGACUGCCGUAAAUUAAGUUAAAUUUUACAAAAAAAAAUCACAACUUUCUUCCUAUAACACUACGACAGAGCGGCUACGAAAAAUAACCAUACAAUCAUUUUAUAUUCGAUCUUUUAAAAAAGUGAACGUCUAAACAUAAAUGAAAACAUUCCACCGAGCAACAAAAAACACCUGCAAAAAUAUGUUAUCGCAUCGUUUAUAAAGUUUCUCCAACAGACAAUGUAUAGUAGAAAGAAAAUAAUUUAUGAAACCUUGUUCGCAAAAUACAUAUGUCAUUUACAAAAACAAAAAAAAAAGGCCAGUACAAGUUUAUUGAAUUUGACAUAUCGAACAAAAGUCAGAAAAUAAUUGAUUGACAAAUCAUUACAGAGCAAUGCGCCUAGUGGCUAGUAUAAUAGAGUUUAAAAAAAUAUAGCACAGCUUGCCAUCAACAUGCAUUUUAAGUUUUUGUCCAACUGUAGCUAUUAAUAUGAAUCGUUUCUAUUAUAAAGUCGUUAUCUAUAUUCUGUUAAUCCCCUCUUUAUGCAGUUUCACAAACAAUUAGUUCAUAUCGUCAGACUCUCAGUACAAAUCGUUUAUUGUUUGAAUCGAGAAGAUAACGAAUAGAACCUUUUCUAUGGAAAGAUGGAUUUAUCUAACGCUGUUGAAGAAAAUAGAGCAAAUGGAAACAAAUAAUAAAGUUAGCAAACAAUCUGUGGUGAACUAUUAGAAGAAAAAAUAAACGGAUGAAAAUAGCUGCUCCAAAACAUUGUUUUGGCAUAGAAUACGUGCUAAAAUGUAACAGUUAAUCUCCGAAAACAAACAGCAAUCAGAAAA